AUGGUUCUUCAUAAAUUGAUCACUAUUGUCUUGUACUUGUUAAUAGUUAAAGCCUCCUAUCUAAGCUUGCCAAUUUCAAAAAAGUCGUAUAGCACAGAAGAGGGUAUUAUUUCUAAGCAAAGACCCCAUCGUCUAAUCAAAAAUAGAAAGGCCGUCCUGAAAAGGAAUGUUUUUGGUGAACUAGAAACUACCAUUAGGUUUGAUCAAACAUUUGUUGAGGUUCAUCUGAGAUUUGGCUCCAAUAGAGAUCCAGUAACUCUUCUUCUAGACACGGCAUCUUCAGAUUUGGUGGUAAACUCUAGUGAUAAUGAAUUUUGUAUUAGUGAUGGACCUGAUCCAGAAAGUAGUUUUGAUACUUUAGUCAACUCUUUGGCGUUUUAUAAACGUGAGGAAGCGGUAAGCUGCCCAAUUCCUAACUCAAGAACAAAAAUCAGGAAAAAAUCAACAACAACUGUUAGUGAAAACUUCAAAUAUAAAACAGAGUCGGUUAUUGAUCAGCAUUCAAUGCAACAUUCUUCAAAUAUAGCAGUAUCUUCUGCGCCUCCAUACCCAAAAAUCAAAAAUUACAGUUCCACCCCAGACCCUUCAUUUAUUCAAAACCAUGCCAACUAUUUGAUGGAAACAACGAAUUGUCCACAUUUUGGAAUGUACGAUCCUUACAAUUCAACUUCAUUCUAUAAUUUGACAACUCCUUUAAAUAUUCAAUAUUUGGACGGUAGUGCAUAUUCUGGUUUUUAUGGUACUGACGAUGUUUAUUUUGCGGAUACCAAAAUAUCACAGGUCCAAUUUGGCUUGAAUGUGGAAACCGAUAAAGAGUGGGGCACACUUGGUAUUGGUUUUGGAAGCAACGAAAAUACGGCACAAGAUGGUCUAAAGGAAUACGACAACUUUCCAAAAAAGCUGAAGAGAGAGGCAAUCAUUAAGAAACAAGUAUUUUCAAUAUAUGCACCUUAUAACAGUGCUCCCCAGUCCCUUAUAUUUGGUGGUUAUGAUCGAAAUGGUUAUAUCCAGGAGUCAGGUUUAACUCUCGUGCCCAUUAUUGAUUAUUCUCCAAGGGAUAAAAAAGGGAGUGGACCCUUUUAUCUUUCCAUAACUAUAAACUCCAUAAGUUUUUCUUACGGUAAUUUGAAACAAAAGGAAGAGGUUGCAAAGGGAAAUGCGGUCACUAUACUUGAUACGGGUUCUACAAGCUCAAUAUUCCCUGAUUACAUAAUUGCACAACUAGUUAUCAAAUACAGCUUCCAAUGGUCAUCACAGUUGAACUGCUAUGUUAUCCAAGAAAAAGAAAUUCCGAAAGAUGAUUUUUAUGUCACUUUUGAUUUCCAAAACGCUUUGAUUAAAGUUCCACUUAUUGAUUUUACAUAUCCUGUAAUAGAUGGUGAUACAUUAUCACCUACGGGAAUGCGAUCGCUACAAGUUACUAGUUCUGAUAGUGACCUGUUGGUCCUUGGUGAUGAUAUCCUGCAGAAUGUUUUUUUUAUUGUUGAUAUGGAAGACCUAAAUAUUGCCUUAGGACAAAUCAAUCCAGACAAAACAAGUGAAAAUAUAGUUGUGGUGAGAGAUAAAAUAGUUGAUGCUAUCAAAUCAAAUGAAUGGGACAACGUUUGGGGUUACAAUGGUUGUCGAAAACUAGAACUAAUCAAUAUUUCAGGUUCAAGGACUCCAGAAGAAUAUCAUAGUGACAAGAAUAUUUCUCUUUAUUUCCCAGGUUUGACUGGCAAUGGUUUUAGUUGGUAA